AUGUUUCUAAGCAACCGAAUUUGCUGCACCAGGCCAUCUCACGUUUCAGUUGGCACGAUAUUCGGGACAUCGCGAUACAUGUAUAGUCGAAAUACACUACUCAUAAGGUUGCUGAAAACUCUUCGGCCCCGCACGACCAGUUUCUUCCUUUUUGGGGCAUAUCACACAGGCGCAGCGCACCAGUGUGACCGAUACAAACGAGAGAUUCAACUGGAUUCAGUUGAAUCAGAGCGUGAGGGAGAGAUGGCUAAGUGGUUAGAGCGCGAAUUUACCGACUGGAAGGUCAGUGGUUCGAACCCGACCUCUGCCUCUCAACUCCUCCCAUCUAGACUUGGGCAACCUGACAGUAUACCAGCCCUUGUGCUUCCCUGGGAUGACAUGACAGCUAGGUUGCUGAAAAUCCGUCAACAGCCCACGACCGGUUUCGCCCUUUUUGGGGCUCAUCAGCUAGGCGCAGUCCACGGGUUUCCGUCAACAUUAGGUUCUACUUGA